CCAGCACUGCAGGUGGCGCGAAUGAGCUCAGUUCAAUGCCAUUUAAUCAAUACAAGAAAAAGAGCAAACGACGCUUUUUUUUAGGACGCAGAUGUGUGCAUGACAUUGGUGUGGUUUGAAUGAUCUGAGCAGGUCAGGAUGGCUCUGUCGUUGUCCAGAGUGAUUUUGCCCAAAUUGAUAGAGCAAAGGGCUUUCAGUGUGUCAUCAGCUGUGGCAGCUAUUCAGAAGUUAACACGUGUGAGGGUGGUCGACAACAGUGCUCUUGGAAAUGCCCAUCACCACCGUCCACCAAAAGUCAUUCACGUAUACACCAAGAAUGGAAUCGGUAAAGUGGGAGACAGAGUCUUACUGGCCAUUAAAGGACAGAAGAAAAAAGCUCUCAUAGUGGGUCACAAGAUGCCUGGAGCUCGAAUGACCCCACGCUUCGACUCAAAUAACGUGGUUUUGAUUGAAGAGAACGGAAACCCCACAGGAACAAGAAUAAAAGCUCCUAUACCAACACAUCUGCGCAAAAUGGAAGGGGAAUAUUCCAAACUGUUAGCCAUCGCUCAGCGAUUUGUUUAAAACAGUGAUUUUGUAUUCUGGGAGGACAAAUCCUAAAAUAUGUCUCCUGUAUUUAACUAUCAUUGUAAAUAUAAAUAAAAAAAUGUGUUUAUGCCAUUCAGGAAAUUACCUUUCAUGGCUACUUGUGGAAUAAUUUGUAAUAAAAUAUAUGGAUGAAACUGUGUAAUAA